GGAGAGGUGAGCGGUUGAUGGUGUUUCUCAUAAUAAGAGUUGAUUGAAGAAGAUAUGCAGAAUAAAGAAUUGAGUAAAACUGAGGAGAAAUAUAAUGACAAAACUGGAAAAAAACUUUUGAGUUGCUCUCAAACCAAACAGAAAGAUUUAAAGAAAGGAAGAGGCAAGAAAUCUUUCAACUGCUGUCAGUGUGAAAAGAGUUUUAUAUGCAAACAUGGUCUUGAUGUUCACAUGAGAGUUCAUACUGGAGAGAAACCAUACACAUGUGAUCAGUGUGGGAAGAGCUUUGCACAGUCAGCAAACCUUAAGAGACACAUGAACAUCCACACUGGAAAGAAACCAAACAAGUGUUCACACUGUGACAAAAGAUUCAGUCGGCCAGAAGACCUGAGAAUACACGAGAGGAUCCACACUGGGGAGAAACCGUACACAUGUAGUCAGUGUGGGAAGAGUUUCACACAAAAGGGACACCUUACAGAGCAUAUGAACGUCCACCCUGGAGAAAAACCUUACAAGUGUUCACACUGUGAUAAGAGAUUCAAUCAGUCAUCAAUAAUGAAAAAACAUGAAAGGAUCCACACUGGAGAGAAACCGUACAAGUGUUCACACUGUGACAAGCAUUUUAAUCGGUCAUCAAAUCUAAAAAUGCACAAAAUUAUACAUACUGAAGAGAAACCGUACACGUGUGAUCAGUGCGGGAAAAGUUUUGGACAAAGAGGACACCUUAUGGCACAUAUGAGAGUUCAUACUGGAGAGAAGCUGUUCACUUGUGAUCAGUGCGGCAAGAGUUUCAAACAGUCAUCAUACCUUACAAGACACAUGAACAUUCACACUGGAGAGAAACUGUAUGCAUGUGAUCUGUGCGGAAAAACAUUUUUGUGGGAUUCAUACCUGAAGAAGCACUUGAAGGUUCAUAGAAAGGAGAAGCCAUAUUCAUGUUCUGUAUGCGAGAGGAGUUUUUCACGUCUAGCGCAUUUAAAAGAACAUCAGAAAAUACAUACUGGUGUGAGAGAGUACAUGUGCUUUGAGUGUGAAAAGACUUUUACUUCAGCCAACAGUUUAAGACUGCAUGAGAGGAUUCACUCUGGAGCAAAACCUUAUGAGUGUUCACACUGCAACAAGAGAUUCAGACAUCGAGAAAAUCUGAAAACACACGAGAGGAUCCACACUGGAGAGAAACCGUACAGGUGUUUACAAUGUGACAGAAGAUUCAGUCAGUCAAUACAUUUGAAAAGGCAUGAGACGAUCCACACUGGAGAGAAACCUUAUAAGUGUGUGCACUGUAACAAGAAAUUCAGACUGUCAGGAACACUGAAAAUACAUGAGAGGAUUCACAUUGAAGAGAAACCCUAUCGCUGCACUGUGUGUGGGAAGCGUUUCAAUCAUUCAUCUGCUCUCCGCAGCCAUACAAAAAACAAGCACUGUAAUUAGAUCAUCUUCAGAUCCAGCACCAAGUGUUACACAAGAAUGCAUCAAGCAAUAAAAUACCGUCUGGAUAAAUCUGUCUUAAACGGUGAUUAUAAGUCACAACAAAGAAACAUUAUCCAAAGUUUUCACAGUGAAUAACGUGAAUCUUUAAAAACCAGCUGAUUCAACUGUGAGAUUCAGAUCAACUCAAAGAUGGAGCACUUGUAGUUUGCAAUACUCUUUUAUAACACUUUUAAGUGUGACAGAUUUAUUUUGAAUUUGUUCUUCACUGUUGUUUUUAAA